GAAGGUCACAAAACAUGCCGGUACUGUGGCCGGCUGUUGAGAAGUAGACGAUCGGCGCACAAAACUUCGCAAAACUUUGCCCCAGUGCGCGCUUUACGUCGUUUCGGUUAUGUUUAUGCGAGAACUCCCGGGAGCAGAGCUGCUGAGGAUUUCUGGUGGGGUGAAGUUUGUGUAGUGCGCGUUGAACUUCAACAAAAGAAAUGGGCACCGUCCAAGCAAAGUCACUCGAGAGACAAGAGGCGAAGGAUAUGCAAGUUCCUUUGGAUCAAAUAGAGGCUCGUGUCGACACGGUAUUUAUUGACGGUGUUAUCCGGACGAAGGAUGAUAUCCUCAAAAAAGCUGUCAAUGACCUUUUCAACGCCAGAGAUUUCCAAGAGGUAAUAUUAAAAACACGCUAUGUAAGAAAGCAACUGGAAACGUUGGGAGCAUUUAAACAGAUCUCCGUGACCAUCGAUACAAGUUCAGGUCCAGAUGCAAGUCCCAGCGGUCUAGAAGUGACAUUCAAGGUUCAGGAAGUUAGACGUCUUGUAGGAGGCAUCAACACUCUUGUUGGCAACAAUGAAGGAAGUAUGGUCAUAGGUCUAAAAUUUCCAAACACCUGGGGCCGAGGAGAGUUUGUGCAAUCAGAGUACCACUACGGCACAAAGCACUCUAGUGGAUUUAACAUUACAGUCAGUAAGCCCUUCCUUGGUUGGCUCAACCCUCGGAUUACAGGAGCAGUGUUCCAGCAAGCGGCAGAUUUCACGUGGAGUGGCUUCAGGCAACUUGACCGUGGCCUAUUAACAGAGCUCUUGUUUGAGUCAACACCAGGAGUACACCAUAGCCUACGAUGGGAGGCUCUGUGGCGCGAGCUAUCUUGCCUAGGGCCGACAGUUCCCUUUGUAGUUCGAGAAGAGAUGGGACACUCAUUAAAGUCGUCACUAAAGCACAUAGUUACUGUGGACAGAAGAGACAAUUCUAUUCUGCCAACAGAAGGAGGUUACUUCAGGUUGCACCAGGAAUUUGCUGGUCUUGGUGGCGACGUUGGCUUUGUCAAGCAUGAAGCGGAAUAUCAGCUUAAUGUGCCAAUAGCGAGGGACAUUGUGCUGCAGGGUUGUUGCAUGGCUGGCCAUAUGGUGGGCUUUGGGCACAACAAGACGUUCAGCAUCUGUGACCGGUUCUUCCUUGGUGGUCCACUCGGCCUGCGGGGUUUCCAGCAGAGGGGCAUCGGGCCGCACGCGGAAGGCCAUUCACUAGGAGGUGAGACCUAUUGGGCCGCUGGCCUUCAUCUAUACACACCACUGCCUUUCCGGCCGGGCGAAGGUGGACUGGGAGACUACUUCCGGACCCAUGCCUUUGCAACGGCUGGAAAUGUGGAUGACUUCAAGCUCACUAACGAUAUGCAGCAGAACCUCGAGAUGGUCACACGAAACCUGCGGUGGUCAAUUGGUGCCGGCAUCGUGCUCUCCAUCGGACACAUUGCUCGUUUUGAGUUGAAUUACUGCCUGCCCAUGAAGGCAAAGACCGGUGACAGGUUGAACCACGGCCUCCAAUUUGGCAUCGGGGUUUCCUUCUUGUAGCACUGCCAGCCUGCGCACACUUCUCUUUGAUGAUUCAAGCCUUCGAGGACGGUGAGCUUAUGCAGUUUCUUCCAAAGCUGCUCAAAUGGCCGCUGGAAACUGCACACACUGGAAAUCUCUCCACAUGCUUUUUUAGGACCAUAGUGCACAAUGCGUUUAUAGUUCUUUUGUUUCUGUUUUCAUGCUCGCACUUAAGAAUGUUGAGUUUCAAUUAAAAAAUCAUUAUGUCGAAA